CCUCACUGACUAAACACUGUGAUGCCCUGUAACCCAGGAGAAGCGUGUCAGACAGACAAUCCAUACAGCUCAAGACGACUGGAAUAUGACAGAUAGAGAUGACUGCCGCGCUGUAUGGGCAGGACUGGCGUUGACGUCUGUGAUCUUACUGAUCUCUGUGUGUCUUAACGUCGUCUUUUAUGUCCAGAGGCGCAGGGCCUCCAAGUGCAGAGACACUGACCAUCAAGAGGAUCUGUACCCGCAGAAUUAUGAAAGAGAGAGUUUCAGCCGGUCUGAGGAUGAAGGACAUCAUUUUCAUGCCCACAAUCAUCAUGAGCAGCAGGAAAAUCCCAUCUAUGGGAACAUAAACACAGACCGAGGGGAGGUGUGCUAUGAGAUGAUGACCAUGCAACGUGCAAAAGACUGCACAAAGUCUAGAGAGCCUGACCUCAACUACGCCUCAUUGGAUCUGAAUGUGGCCAAGAAACGCAAGAAGAAGCAUCGCCAUCAGAAAGGCCAGACGCAGGACCCGAGCCCACCACGCGAUCAGCUGCAGGUCCAACAGGCAGCCGCCAUGGCUGUGUUCCUGGAGGUGGAGGCGGAGGUGGAGGCUUCCUUGCCUCCCAGAAACACCAGCCCCAUGGUUUCCCACAAUAGCAUCUACCUUAACAGCCAGCAGAUAGCCCAAGAGACCGAGGAGAGGCAAAGAGAAAGGGGCAUGAACAUGGAAAGCACUCACAUGUGCUGGGAGGGGAAUAGAUGGCGGGAGGGAGGGGGAAGUCGGGAAUGGAAAGCGGAGAGAGAUGUUGAGAUAGGAAUGGAUAGACACGCUGGUGGUAAUGUGAAUAUAGGCGCAGAAAUAGAGGACAUAGAUGGUAUCCAUGAUGGCACAGAUCAUUUCAUCAGCAGCUUCAUUAAUGAUAACAGUGAACAAGACUGAGCAAAUUUCAUGUAAAGACUAGCUCCUCUCUGCGGCAUGAGGAGUGCAACAGAAAACUUCCACCUUUUACAAUAUUGCUAGACUUGAAAAGUAUGUAACCUGUAAUGAAAAACGAGUUGUGCUUAGUUGGGCAAUUUCUUCUUUGAUGCAAAGAAACUACCUCUUGAACUCUCCACCCUCAGCAACUGCUGAACAAAGGUGCAUUUUUCUUUGCACCUGUACAUGUAAUAAACAUGGAGGAUGUAAAGUGUAGAGGAAGCUCUGUCUGUGACAUUUAUAGGUUAAGGGUCACGUUGGAAAUUUUCAAUUUAUUGUGAAAGACGGAAAUACAUCAAAGGACAUCAUCGCCCAGGACAUGUAGAAGCUUUCGCUGUUUUGAUGUUACAACCGUAGCACUCCAGAUGUCUCAUAGUAAAAAUGUUAAGGGAAAAAAAAUCUUGUCAUUCAAACAUUUGUUUUCCAUGUGGGUGACUGCCAAGCCUUGAGAUGCAAUGCCUCCUUAAAUAAAUCUGCUCGUAACAGCAAACAAUAAAUCUGCUUUUCAGCUAAGUUAUAGCUGAACAUAAAACGCAAGACAUGUGAGGUAUGAGUCAUGAUGAGCUAUGUUGGGGUGUCAAUAAUGUUGUUUAAUUUGCGUCACACUGGGCAUAGUGCCAUGUGAAUGUAGCCUACAUGGGGCUGUCAAGAGGCUCAUUCACAUGAAGAGGCAUGUAACUGCAGCAUAAAGAUAACCGUGAAAAGAUUUAAAGUUGUAAAUA